AUGGACAGUGACGAUGAAUUGUAUGAUGAGUUUGGGAACUUAAUUGGAGAACCAUCUGAUUCAGAAGAUGAAGUUUCUUCACUCCCAGAUUUACAACAAGUGGAGGAGGAGGAUGUAAGUGAUGAGGAAGUGAUAGAAGAGGAAACACAACAACAAGCACUAGUCAAACAUACAAUUGACACUGAUCAAUCUGAAACUGUAUAUAUCCAAUCACAAGCUACAAUAGCUCCCUCCAAUGAACCUGUCAUCAAACCAAGAAUAGAAAAACGAAUGAAAAUAGAUUACAAUUGGGAUAAUCUACCUGAAUUAACUUAUAAUCGAGAAUAUCUAUUACAAACAUCACAAGAACUUCCUGAUAGAAUACGGAAUAUUGCAAUUGUAGGAAAUAUUCAUACUGGGAAAUCAUCAAUUAUAGAUUCUUUAAUAUUGGAUACUCAUCCAAGUAUAACUCAAAAAAGUUCUAAACCUUUAAGAUUCUUGGAUAAUCAUAAAUUAGAGAUUGAUAGAGAGAUGACAAUUAAGACAUCGGCUAUAAGUUUAUUAUUGCAAGAUUUGAAGCAAAAGUCUUACGUUUGUAAUAUCUUAGAUACGCCUGGCCAUGUUGAUUUUCAAGAUGAAUCUUUAGUUGGAUUGAAUUCUGGUGAUGGAGCAAUAUUGGUUAUUGAUAUAGUUGAAGGAUUAACAAAUCGUGAUAAAUUAUUAAUAAAUGAAAUUAUAAAACAUAAUGUUCCAAUUGUAUUGAUAUUGAAUAAAUUGGAUAGAUUGAUUUUGGAAUUGCGAUUACCUAUUAAAGAUUGUUAUUUAAAGUUGAAAUAUACUGUUGAUGAUAUUAAUGAAUACAUUGCUUCUAACGAAUACAUUGCAACAUAUACCCAUGACACUAUACUAUCCCCAACUUUAAACAAUGUCAUAUUUGCUUCAACAAAAUUGGAUUUUGCAUUUAGUUUAAAGAGUUUUGCUCAAUUAUAUCUCAACAUUAAUCAAUCCAAAAUUCAUAGUUCCAAAUUUGCAACCAUGUUAUGGGGAGAUUAUUAUUAUGAUCCAAAUCAACAUAAAUUCACAUCAGACUCAAUGAACAACUCAUUAUCAAGAACUUUCAUUUCCUUCAUCUUAGAACCAAUCUAUAAAAUCAUUACUCAUACAAUUACUGCUUCCCCUGAUGAUAAUAAAUUAGCAAAACUAUUAUGGCAAAAUUUCCGAGUUUCAAUACAUAAAUCAGAAUACAAAAAGGAUGCUCAAGUAUUAUUGAAAGCUGUCUUUAGAGCUAUCUUUACCAAUGGUAUAAGUGCAUUAAUUGAUUCCAUAGCAAACACCAUCCCUGCCCCAACCAAGACCAACAAAAGCUUACCCAACUCAGAUGACGUUAGCAUGAUCGCACAAGUUACAAAACUAAUUGAAUCAUCCAACGGAAAGAAAUUCACUAAUUUAGUCCGUAUUCAUAAAGGUAAAAUCACUCAAGGUGAUAAAAUUCGAAUCUAUGGUGAAAAUUAUCUUGAAGACAAUGACGAUUUCAAAAAUCUGGAAGUUGUGGGAAAUAUCUAUUUACCUUGUGGAAGAUAUAAUGUCCCCGUUUCGGAAGCACAUACAGGAAUGAUUGUUAUUGUAGAUGGUCCUGGGAUUGAUUCGAUUAUUAAGAAACCGGGUGUUACUAUUACCUUGUCACAAGAUCCGAAGUUAGAAACUGUAUUUGAUGUGCCGAAAUAUACCACCAACUCGGUGUUUAAAAUUGCAGUUGAGCCGACCAAUCCGUCAGAAUUGCCACUUUUGUUGGAUGGCUUACGAAAAGUGAAUAAAUCAUAUUUGGCAUCUGUCAUAAAUGUCGAAGAAAGUGGUGAACAUGUAAUCCUCGCCCCAGGAGAACUUUAUAUGGAUUGUAUAUUGCAUGAUUUAAGAAAUUUCUUUAAUGAUGACUUACAGAUAAAAAUCAGUGAUCCGAUGGUUCGCUUUGCUGAAACUUGUUCAGAGACAAGCUUUACUAAGAUUCCAAUCACGGUGAAAGAGAAUUCAAUCUCAAUUAUCGCAGAACCAGUUAAUGAUCCAUCACUUUCCAAAGCAAUCUCAACCGGUAGAAUCAAUAUCAAAUCGCAACCCAUGAAAACAAUUUCCAAAAUAUUAAGAACAGAAUUCGAUUGGGAUUCACUUGCAUCCAGAUCAAUCUGGGCAUUCUCCAAUACUGAUUCCUCAUCCUCCCGGAACAUUCUUCUUGAUGAUACAUUAGACACAGACAAAUCCCCACUCUUAUCCAUCAAAGACUCCAUCAUCUCCGGAUUUAAAUGGACAACCACAGAAGGACCCCUAAUCGACGAACCCAUCCUCAACACAAAAUUCAAAAUCCUCGACGUUGUCCUCCAAGGUGACUCCAUCUCGAAAUCCCCAGCUACGAUUAUUCCAAUGGUAAGAAGAGCAGCCUAUGCCGGUUUCAUAACCGCACAACCAAGAUUAUUAGAACCAGUAUAUCGAUUAGACGUGACAUGUACUUAUCGUUGUAUUAAAAUCGUACAAGAAUUAUUAAAAUUGCGAAGAGGGAUCUAUGAAAAAGAUGCACCCAUUCCAGGAACACAAUUGUUCCAAGUAGUGGGAUAUUUACCCAUAAUUGAAUCCGUGGGGUUUCUGACUGAUCUUACACUGUAUUCACAAGGACAGGCGGUAUGUUCACUUGUGUUUCAUAAUUGGGAAAUAGUGCCGGGUGAUCCAUUGGAUGAUAGUGUUGUGUUGCCAAGUUUGAAGCCGGUGCCGACGGAGUCGUUGGCGAGAGAUUUUAUGAUGAAGACGAGAAGAAGAAAGGGGUUGACUGGUGAGCCUUCUUUACUGAAAUAUAUUGAUCCUGAGUUGUAUUUAAAGUUGAAAGAACGUGGGCUUGUUAAUUAG